GUGUGGGGGCCACUAAUUAAUUUAAUACUCCGCCCUGCUGCGCCACGUGAUCUACAUGCAAGUCGAACAAAAUUGUAAAUUGUGCGAACAUUAACUUAAAUUUAGACUUCAUUCAAAAAAAUGACAAAAUGACAGAAUCGUUUUAUUUUUCACCCAGUCAGUUGCUCGCUGACUUUGCUUAAAUUUAUCGCGAUUUUUGGGCAAGAGACAUUGAACUCAAAAGUGUGUGAAGGCAUUUUAUUUGUUUCUUUUUUGUUUCGGUUUCUGUUUCUGUUUCUGUUUAAGGCGUGGGCGGUCGGCAAUGAAAUGCAAAUGCUGGCUAAAUAAAUGAGCGGGGAAAUAUGUUAAUUGGAACAUUGACAGCUAAGUGAUUUUCUCGGUUGGUAUUCAAUUACUCUGCUUUCGUCUCGUUUUUAUUCGAACAAUUGUGUGUAUGUAUUGUCUUUUGGCUUUAAGCGGAUAACUAAGGAAAUUCAACAAAAAGCAUGAAAACAGCUCAAUUGUCGACACACCCACUCAACGCCUUUCACACCUCUUGAAAGCGAACUGCGCGAAAAUAGUGUAGGUAAAAGGAAGGAAAAUUCCAUUUUAGCGCGAAAAAAAGAAAGCCAUGAAAUGUGCAAUCGCCAUAAAAAAAAGUGCAACUGUCAACGGAACACAAAAAACUUUGUUGUUUACAAUUUGCCGUUGUUGCAGCAGCAGCACACUGCGCUUGCAAAAUAUUGAAUUCAAUUUAAAGCGCAAGAGGCGUUCAUAAAUCUCCGACAAUUGUGAGCAAAGGAGCGGGAGAAAGGCCCACAGGGCAGGGAAUCGGUGAAAGAGUUAAAGUCGGAUUAUGGUCAUGCACUCCCUUCCCAUCCACUUAUUGUCCGCCGUCGCCUUCUCAUCCGCUCACUCAUUUAUUCCUUUUGAUUGCAGUCGUGCGGGGGAAAUGGAAACGCAGGGGGAGAUCGUAAACUGUCAGCGCAAUUAAAAUAAAUUGAAACUGAACUUUCGCACACACAGUGAGAAAUAUUUUAUACUCUUAAUGAACCCAAUUUCCUAUCAGCAAUAUCGGUAACUCUUGCUUUUUCGGCUCAAUCUCAUAUCACAAUAGAAAUAAUAGCAUGAAGGUUUAAUUUGUAUUAUAUUCAAACUUCUUGAACUUAUCAAAAAGUUACCUUUCUGACUUAAAGAAAAUAAAGGUUGUCUAUUUCAUGAUCAUGAUGAAACCCUCAAUCAACUUUUAUAUCUGUAAUACAGAUUCUGUAUCUUGAAAACCAUCAACUUGAUUACCUUAUGCAAAAUAUUGGCAACUAAAGCUAUACAAAUUGAAUAAAUAAUUUUGUUUUCCUCCGUGUGAAUAUGAAAUUUAAGAAAACUUUUCCCGCCCAGCUGUCGCAUAAUUCAUCAACUAUUUAGGCGGCAACAGAAGGAAAAUUGAAGAAAAAUUUGCGUGUGUGUUGCAAAAAGUUUUUCAUUUUUAGCAUCUUGAUUGUUGGGCGACGGGGGGGGGGAAUGGAAGGUGGAGCGGAGCGGAGCGCAGGAACUUUGCCUGGUAGCCGGGACAGAAAACGGUUUGCCUGCCAUGGCCAUGGGCAACUAAAUGAACGUUCCACAGUCUUCGGUCUUCAGUCCUUGGUCCGCUGUCCGUAGUCUGUCCCUUUCGGUCCGUUCCGUCCGUCGACCAACCCAUCUCUUUCCCCCGCCCCGUCGCCCGUCUCUUUCUGUUCGCUUACCUUCCUUCUCAGCUCGUAUCUCAAAUUGUUCAACUUCAUCAGCAAAAAAGUAAGGGAAAAGAUGCUGCUGCCGUGGAUUGUCGAUGUGAUGGGGUGUACUGUAAAAAAUUAAGAUUAUUUUGAAGAUUUCAUUACAAUGAUCUAUAUCUUUUUGCUAUAAUAAAUUUUGCUCGAAAUGACUAUUUUUGGGGUUUAAUCCUGUUCAAGAGUAUGCAAAUAUAAAAACUAUCAAAAUUUCCAUUUAAUCAUAAAAAAAACUUAAUCUAAUAACUUUUAUAAAUUGUCAAACUAAGAUUUUCUGUUAUGCAACAAUGUCAUCCGCUUUUGAAAGAACAAUUUUGUUCUGUGUAUCAAAUCACACCAAGUCAGGCUACCCCUUAUCCCCUACAUAUCUCCCAUGUCCUCUUCUCACUCCUCAUUCGAUUGUCAUGAGUCUGAGCCCGAGACUCUUUGCUUUUGUCCUUUUUGUUUUCCAGCGGCAGCAGGCAGCAUCAGGCGACUAAGACCCCGAGGACCCAGAGCACUUGAGCUUGGUUUCUGAGUCGGGGAAGUCAAGGAAGAUACUCGUACAGUAAGGGACCGAAAUAGGGAAAGGGAAAGGGAAAGGAGUGGAGGGUUUCAGAGGAGCCGCACGAGGAGUUAAGCGGAUGCAUAAUACAAAAAAUGUCUUGAAAACGAGAAGGGAAUGUUGUACAUUAGGGACUCGAUACUUUUAAUACCCUUCAGCUUAAAAGGUUAUACAAAAUAUAUUUAAAUGGGAUUACUUUGGGUUAAUUUGAAGUAAUAAUUAUGUGUUUGUUCCCGAUUGAAACCUUAAUAUAGUAUUAUGGACUUGAUCUUUGGUCAACGAAAUUGUCUUUAAGUGACAAGAAGUUGCUAAGAUGUAAAUGUCAUAGUAAAGUAACCAAGUGUAAUGAAAAAGGGCAGUUAAACCUUAUGAAACUAUUUCUGUUAAUCUGUCAAUGUCCCUAGUUUGUUAGGUCAAAAUUAAAAUUCAAAGAGCUGCCGAAAUGGCUUUCGUCCAGAGUGACGAAAACGACUUCCACGCCCUCCGGGAGGCGCAACGAAUGGUGGACUCUUGCCAGGAGUUUGCGGACCACUUGAUCGUGGCCGAAUUCCUGCCCCAUUGUCGCUGGGUGGCCUACAUCAAUAUUCGCACCCUCGAGCAGGUCAUCUAUUGUGUGGAACUAAGUCGCGCUGGCUAUCGGAUUGUGGCCUAUGACUUUGAUAACGUGGCCGAUGAGGUGGCCAAUUGUGACACUGUCUAUGACUCUGCCCACCAGCUGUUGGCCGGCAUAAGUCCAUUGUAUGGAGAGAAGUAUGGCUUUGGACGGGAGCCUCUCAAGAAAAGAAAGGAGCAGUAGUCGCAAAUGGGCGUGGCAUGUGAAGAAUUUGUCUGCUAAUUGCUAAUUGCCGCCCCAAAAAGUGAUAAUUAAGCGUUUUGCAGGUAAAUGACUUGAUUGCAAUAAUAAAGCCCGGGGCAGUGAGUUGGA